UUUUCAGUCCACACACUCACCUCGCCUUACGCCAUUCGUACAUUCAGUCAAACUAACCAAACUCCGAUUACUAUGGUCUCACCGAAACCGAACCCGGUUCCAGCUCCGGCCACGGCUCCGGCCAUAGAUCCAAACAGCGGCUUCUGUUCGGAGACCAGAACCUACCACAGUCUCAGACCGAAUAUAUCUCUCCCACCCGAAAUGACGCCGCUUUCUGUCGUCGAUUACCUCUUCUCCCACCUCCACUCCUCGCCUCCGCCUCCUUCCACUCCCGCUCUCGUCGACGCCGCCACCCACCGCUGUAUUCUCUACCCCGAUUUCACUCAACGAGUCCGCACCUUAGCCUCCUCCAUCCAAACUCGUCUCGGGAUCUCCACCGGAGAUGCCGCCUUCGUUCUCUCCCCCAACUCGCUCCAUAUUCCGAUUCUCUACUACUCGUUGCUCUCUCUCGGCGUCGUUGUUUCCCCUGCCAAUCCGGCCAGCACGACGGCUGAGAUUUCCCGCCUAAUUCAGCUAUGCAAACCGAUCGUCGCCUUCGCUACCACAGAAUCCGCAGAGAAGCUUCCCUCCCUCCGAUACGGCACCGUAUUGCUCGACUCGGACGAAUUCGAGUCCAUGAUGACGACGACCGAAGUAGGUGAGUUUGGCCGAGUUGAGGUGAACCAGUCUGAUACUGCUACGAUUCUUUACUCGUCGGGGACCACGGGAUUAGUCAAAGGAGUGGAGUUGACUCACCGUAAUUGGAUAUCGGUACUAGCCGGAGCAUUCGCGGUUCGGCGGGCUAGAACAUCACCGGCGGUUGGGUUGUGUGCGGUUCCUUUCUUUCACGUGUACGGGUUCGGUUACUGUGUGAGGACGAUUGGACUGGGUGACACGUUGGUGACAAUGGGGAAGGGAAGGUUUGAUCUGAACCGCAUGUUGAGAACGAUCGAAGAGCUGAGAGUCACCCAAGUAGCGUUAGCUCCACCGGCGGUUGCAGCGGUUGUGAAUCGUGCGAUUUCAAGGGACGGCUAUGGUUUGAGCUCUCUUGAAGCCAUUGCUUGCGGCGGUGCUCCGCUGCCUAGGAGUAUAAUUGUUCAGUUGAGAACACUGUUGCCCAACGUGCAAUUGUUACAGGGAUAUGGGCUCACAGAGUCAACAGGGCGAGUGUUUGCAGCAGUGGGAUUGAAAGAAAGCAGAGUGGAAGGAUCUACGGGAAAACUUGUGUCGAAUUUCAUAGCCAAGAUUGUGGACCCUGAAAAUGGAGCUGCCAUUGGUUUACCUCCAUUAACACCUGGGGAGCUUUGGCUUAAAGGGCCAUUUGUAAUGAAGGGUUAUGUUGGAGACAAAGAAGCAACGGCUGCAGUUGUGGAUUCAGAAGGAUGGCUUAAAACUGGAGACCUUUGCUACAUUGAUAAUGAAGGUUAUCUCUUUAUUGUGGAUCGACUUAAGGAAUUAAUCAAAUACAAGGGCUAUCAGGUUGCCCCGGCAGAACUGGAGCAUCUGCUUCAAUCACAUCCAGAUGUAAUUGAUGCAGCUGUUGUUCCGUACCCUGAUGAAGAAGCUGGUCAACUUCCUAUGGCCUUCGUGGUCAAACGCCCUGGAAGUGUUGCUCAUGAGUCACUAAUCAUGGAUUUCAUUAAGGAAAAGGUUGCUCCAUACAAGAGGAUAAGAAAGUUGAGGUUCAUUGAUGCAAUACCAAGGAAUGCACAGGGAAAGGUGUUGAGGAGGGAUUUGAUCAAACUUGCAUCAUCAUCACCUCCUACUUCGAAGUUAUAGUUGGCUCCUUUUUUUUCCACUCUUUUUGGUUCCUGAUGUUACAUUUUCUUGUACUUUAAAUAGUCUCCAUAUAAAAUUUUAAAGGUUCUAUUAAUGCUAUUGAAGAAGCUAAAUUAUGGCUUCAGUUGCAGAUACUAUUUGAGAAUUCCAAGGUCGGUUACUAA